AUGGAUUUCAGUGAUGAAACCGAGGAGGUAAACGGUGCUUUGAGGGGAGGAAAGUGGUUAGUGAUCAUGGAACAGCGUGAUGUUUCUCCAAUUCGUUCGGGUACUCAAACGGCGUCGAUAAUCGCAGUUGAAGACUUCGCCAGUCUUGCCGCACAGGAAGGAGAUGGCCGUUUAUUCAAAAUGGAAGUUGAUUAUACCUCGCAGGUGGAUGAAGCAUUACCGAGGGCUGAUGCUAUUGCGAAGACGGGUAAUGUGUCAGCAGCGCUUGAAUCAUUGACGAGUCUCGAGAAGCAAACACGUUUAGGAUCUGAUAUGAAAUCUAACUCGAGAAUUGUGCAACAUAUGGUGAAAAUCUGCUUCGAUGGUUCAGCAUGGACUCUCCUUAAUGAAACCAUUGUGACACUGUCUAAGAAACGCUCUAUCAUUAAGUUAGCUAUUGCUAGAAUGGUACGUGAUUGUUGCGAUAUGAUCGACCGAAUGCCAAAUGAACAAACUGCAUCGAAAUUAAUUGAAACGUUACGUAACGUCACUGCUGGAAAGAUUUAUGUGGAAGUGGAACGGGCACGCCUGACAAGUCGAUUGGUGAAGAAGCUGGAAACAGAAGGAAAAAUCGAUGAAGCAGCUACAAUGCUUCUUGAACUCCAAGUUGAAACAUACGGCUCGAUGGAAAUGAAAGAGAAAGUGGAAUUCUUGUUGGAGCAGAUGCGUUUAUGUGUCUUGCGUAAAGAUUUCAUUCGUGGAUCGAUUAUCUGCAAAAAGAUUUCGGUUCGAUUCUUUGAGGAUAAAUCUGAAUCGGUACAAGAAUUGAAACUAAAAUACUACGAUCUGAUGAUAAAACUCGGUUUGAACGACAAUGAUUACCUGGAUGUUUGUCGUUAUUAUCUACAAGUAUACGAUACGCCACGAAUACAGGCUGAUAUUGAAAAGACCAAACAGGUGUUAAAGUGUGCUGUACUAUAUGUUUUACUGUCAAAACAUACAAACGAGCAAUGGGAUCUUCUACAUCGUAUUCAUAACAUGAGACAGUUGGAACUUAUUGCCGAAUAUAAUCAGUUACUAGAGCUUUUCAUCAAUGAAGAGAUCAUUUCUUGGAAGGAAACGAUCCUAACCCGAUUCGAGACGUUAUUAAGACGAGGUGCGGUCAACAAUAAAUCAACAGAUGUUUUCGAUACAACGGAUGGUGGCAAUAAACGUUGGGCAGAUUUGCAGACUCGUGUGGGAGAGCAUAAUAUGCGUAUGAUCGCCAAAUAUUAUACGCAAAUAACGUUCGAUCGAAUGGCUGAACUGCUCGAUUAUCCUGUUGAGGACAUGGAGAAAUUCUUGUGCAAUAUGAUAGUGACAGGUGCGAUUCCGGAUGCAAAGAUUCAUCGACCAUUGAGGAUUGUUAACUUGCGUGCCAGAAAAGCGAAUAUUGAGCAAUUGGAUCAGUGGGCUAGUUCUGUUCGCAAGCUUACCGACAUUCUUAACAAGGUUUCACAUCUGAUUUCGAAAGAGGAGAUGGUUCAUCGCCAUUUAGAUGCGAAAGCUAGUGGCGAAUAA